AUCAUCGGGAAAUACGGGGACCCUGCUAUGUUGCCUCCCUUUGGAAAAUGGUGAAGAAAAUUGAAAUCAGCCAGCAUGCCAAGUACACUUGCUCCUUCUGUGGCAAGACCAAGAUGAAGAGACGAGCCGUUGGCAUCUGGCACUGUGGUUCUUGCGUGAAAACAGCAGCCGAUGGGGCCUGGACCCACAAUACCACUUCUGCAGUCACAGCGAAGUCUGCCAUCAGAAGACUGAAGGAACCAGUAGACCAGCCCUUCCUACGGUCUGAGACCUGCCUGGCCUGCAAUAAAUGGGUUAAGAUACAGAAGGAAAAAAAAAAUGGGGAGGGGACCUGAUGCAGCACAGAGUCAUACAGAGGAGUCAGAAGCAAUUACAGUGCUUGCCUACUAGGUUCAAGCCCUGGAUUUAAUCCCCGCACUGGAAAAGAAAAAGAAAAGGAAAAUAAACUGGGGCUUUUGUAAGGGGGGCUCGGUUUAAUCACAAAUGGCUCUUGGCAGUACCCUCAGCAUUGCCUCAUAUCCAUUUGAUUACGUAGCCUGUAACUUAUUCGGUUUGCUUUUCUCCUUGUCUCCUGCCAUGUUACCUGACGACAAGGAGACUCUUGAAAUAUGAGUCUUUGUAUUUUUUUUAAGAUCUGUUUUAUUUUAAACAGGAACAGGUAGUUAUGAGACAUCUGACAUGGUUGCUGGGACUCCAACCCAAGCACUCAGGAAGAACAGUUCUUGCUCUUAAACACUGAGCUGUCUUUCCAGCCCCAAAACGUGAUCGGGUGGAUUAACAAUGAGAUAAUGGCCCCUGGAUGGUGGUGGCACACGCCUUUAAUUCCAGCACUAGGAGGCAGAGGCAGGUGGAUCUCUGAGUCUAAGGCCAGCCUGGUCUACAGAACAAGUUCCAGAAUAGCCAGAGAUACACGGUGAAACCCUGUCUUGAACAACAAAAAAAACAGAAGGGGAGGAGGAGAAGGACAACAGAGCUGGGGGGUGGAUGAAUCACAGAGAAAAGCUGGGUCAAACUACGUUCUGGAGGAGCCAUGGAGGCAAGGAAUGGGUUAAGGAGAAGGAUGAAGAGGAGCAAACUGAGGAUGAAGGUCCUAGACCAACUUCUGGGUGGCUGGCAGGCUGUUUCGUCCCCCUAGGCACAACGCCAUCCUAGGCUGAGGACAGGAGCUGUUCAGCCGGUCAGGCCCGCCCUCCUGGGCUGUGUUUCAGCCACCCUCAUGACUCUGUGGAUGCUCAGAACCUGAAUAUGCAAAUGUUCACCUCACCAAUAAUCCAUGCAAACUUUCCUAGCCACUCCCCAACCCUGGAGACUGUGCCUCCAGGGGGCUGCUAAAUGAGGGUGCUGCUGGCAGGGAUAAAUUGAGACUCAAGGACUUGGGAAACGUCAUCCCAGGUUCCUUGGGGGAUUCCAAAUCAUAGGACACUGAGGAUAAGAGGCCCAACUAUAACCUAAUCCAGUAGUAAGAUGGGUAGGUGGGAAUGAGGAGGUAGGGGGUCCUGGGGAUCCUGGAGGACUGGGUAGGAGAAGCUUGGGAGAGAGACAGAAUGUGACUGAGGUAUAAAAGAAGAUGCGUGGCCUUGCAUAGAAAGAUUAUUUCUACCCCUGAAAAGCUGUCUCCAAUUAUGACCCAGUAGCAACAAGUCGAGAGAGAGAGAGAGAGAGAGAGAGAGAGAGAGAGAGAGAGAGAGAGAAGCACACAC